AUGUCAAGAGCUGAAAAGGGACGCAAACAUUGGUGCAUCAACUUCUAUUGGAUUAGAUUAAAAAGACGCCUUCAAAAAGGAAAAUGUUGUAUCUUUACAGGAGCUGGUGUAUCAGCCGCAAUUCUUAAUCUUGAUCCAAUCCUUACCAAAGAUAAUGCUAAAACGUGCGUCAAAACUGUUGGAAGUUGGAGUGGUUUACUUGAAGCCGUAGCUAAAGAAUUUUUCAAAACGUAUGGUUCAUCCUAUAUUUCCUUGGAGGAUAUUAAGGACUUAUUAGAAUUUAGGAAUAAAAUUGGAGAGAAAAUUUCAAGGCAUAAAAUUUUGACAAAGGAAGAAAAAGAUGAAUUAAAUAAAGCUCUUGAACGUGCAUUUGAAACGGAUUAUGAAUCAUUGAAAACAAAUCUGGUCAAAAAGUUUGCAAAUGAUCAGGAAAAGCACGAUUUGGUUUCCGAGAUUGACGUUGAUAUUAAACUGAUGUCAUUUGUAAUUAAAAGAAUUUGUAAAGAAUUACCAUCAUCCGAUGUUGGUGAAGACGGAAUUGGGUUUAAACUCUUGGGAAGAGUCGCUCUGAAUCCAUGGGGUCAGUAUGAUGUCGUUGAACAAUCAACGCAAAUCAUAAAUGAACUCAUUACCAGAGUUAACAAAUUCACAACUAUUACUAAAAGUGGUAGCGCAUGGGAAAGGGGUUCUAAAGCUUGUCAACAAAGACUUGUUGAAUUAAAAAAUGAAAUUGAAUCUUGUAACCCAAAAGAAGUUGAAAAAUUAAAAUUCUUACAAGCUCGUUAUAAAGAGUUACACACGUUAUUCGAUCAAUUCUCAACCGCAACCAAGGAUUCCCCAUACGCCAAAGAUUUUGCCACAGAUUUCAAAUCCACGUUAAUUGGUAUUGUGUCAACAAACGAAAACAAUCUCAAUGGAACUUUCAGACGCCUAACUGAACUUGCUCUUAGUCAAUUAAAGUCAAACCCACACGCACCAUUGUCAAAAACUUUAAAUCAAUUAUGUGAAAAGAAUGUCCUCUUAACCGCAAAUUAUGAUACGUUCUUGGCCAGUGCAUUAUUCCGAAAUGUCCUUGAUUAUACGGAAGAUUUAUCAGAUAUCAAACAAUUAGAUUUAAUCAUUCCCGACGAUGAUAAACCAGAUUUAGGACUUCAUUCGCGUUUCGUUAUUCAUGUGCAUGGACUUUAUUAUGAUAAAGGCCACUUUGUAAUUUCGGAAGAAGAAUACAAAGAUACAGCAACGAUCUUUCUUAAUUUUUUAAAAAUACUUAUCGUACAAAAGAAACGUUCGUUGGUAUUUGUAGGGGUUGGUGAGGGAGGAUUAACUGAUUGGCAUAUGGCAUAUUUGUUUAAGGAUUUGGCCGAAAGGAAAGAUGCCGAUGAACAUCCAAUUCAUUAUUGGAUCGUGUUAAAAGGUACUCCCUUACCCGGUCCUUCCGAAUUUUCCGAGUUGGAAACUACCGAAGAAGAAAUGAGACCUACUUUAGAUUAUUUUGUUAGAAAGGUUAAGAUUGUAGAAUACGGAACAUCUCACGACGAAUUGUCACCAUAUUUAGAUUAUGUUUUUGAACUUGCAAAAAAUUAA